AUUUCUUCAAAGAAGCAAAACAGCGAAUUUGUAUUUUCCUGUCAUGAGUAUCUUUUCUCCCCUUUCAACAGAGUUAAUUUUAGGGCAUUUCUAGCCAAAUCUGUUCAGUAGGUCAGAGGGCCUCUUGCGCAGGGCAGGCACUGAGUGUGCACAGCGGCCGGGAGAGCUCCUGUUGUGUUGUAAACGCCCCGGGGAGUGGCCAGGGACUGAGCCGCGUGGCCCGAGCCCGCCGGCCCGCACUGGCGGAGCCCCUGCUUGCUCUGCCGGCGCCAUGUUGGAGCAGCCACAGCCCAACGCGGGGGAAAGGACUAGAAUGCCGUGCGUGUGGACUUGGCACCUGGCAUCCUUUUGGUGCUCCAAGGAGAGGACCGUGCAUUUGAAUUCAGUACCCAUCGUCAUCCUUUAUUUAAGGUUUGGAGCACAAGUAUUACAAGACAAUUUUGUUGCUGAACUGUCAACUCACUACCAGAAUUCAGCUGAAUUCUUAUCUUUCUAUGGCUUGUUGAACUUUUACCUCUACACUUUGGCCUUUGUGUAUUCUCCAUCGAAGAACGCCCUGUAUGAGUCCCAGCUGAAAGACAACCCUGCAUUCUCCAUGCUGAAUGACUCUGACGAUGAUGUGAUCUAUGGGAGUGAUUAUGAAGAAAUGCCCCUGCAGAACGGCCAGGCCAUCCGGGCACAGUACAAGGAGGGCUCCGAGAGCGACUGAGCCCCCGGCCGCCGGCGGGCCGGGCCGACGCUUUCCCGCAGCGCCGCUUCCUGGCCUUCCCCGCUCCUGCUGGUGUUCAGGCUUGUCUCAUAAGCAGAGAUUUCCUGGUCCUUAUUUGUUUACGUAUUUUUUAAAGGAAAACCAAAACCAAGGAGAAAUUUAAACAUUGGGCCAAAUUUAGUGUUAGAGUGGCUGCAUUUGGGAAGAGUGGCGCUGAUAAGUGUAAACAGCCAAAUCCCUUUUCCGGAUUUCAGAUGAGAGAGUUCAUUUUUAGUGGUAAGGAGGUAAUUACUCCUCUUUUUAGUAGAGUUAUUAUUAUUAUUUUUUUAAUAAUCUGCUCUUUCUGAGUCCAUGGAAAGCCCUUAUGAAUGAGGUCGUCAGCAUGGUGGCGUUCUCUUUCUUCCUUUCUUCCCUGCCCGGUACCAGUUUCAGCCCUUUAAACUCAAAGGGAAGCCUAUUGUUGUGUCUGUCUCCCAAGGACAUUCCUUCCCCCUUGAGUGCUCUGGGUAACCAAGCAUCCCAGGUGACUAGUAACUCCUGUCUGUUGUGUGAAAUGCCUAAGUAAUAGCUUAUUAGGGAAAUGGUGGGCGAGCAGGUUCUAGCCCUUCACUGCCACAGGGCAGAACUCCUGUCGUGAGGGACUGAGGAGGACUGGCUGAGAUUCAUAAGGAAAGGGUAAGAUAACCGACAAGCGCCAGCUCGGGGAGAGGUCCUGCUGCCAUGGUUUUCCAAGAGCUGUGUACACACGAGUGUGCGUGUGAGCGGAUGUCGCUGUGGUUGGGAUGGGAAAGAGGGUAUCCGCUACAGUUCCUACAAGCUGUCAUUUCUACAGCUCCUUUAGAGAUAACACCCUGUGGAACUUUAUUUAAUUUUUUUAUAAAAGCUAAACAAAAGAUAUAUUAUAGAUUCUUUAUUGUGAAAAAGUUUUUCAGUUUCACAUUUGAAGCCUAGAUGAUAGAAAGUGAAACAUUUUCGAUGAUUUGUGGAAGCACAUCUUUGGGUAGAAGGUCACUUGCUGGGAAGCAGGCCCCGCCCUCCAGUGGCCAGGGAAGAGGAGGGCCUGCUCUGGAAGACGAAAGUUGACUCGAGCUGCUGAAUCUGUGGCAUCAUAGAAGGCCCUGGAGAGUUGCCAGUUCCUUUAUGUCAAAGACUAAGUGUACAAGUCUGGUACCUCCUUUCCUUUUUCUCUGACAAUGACGUCUUUCUUGAACCGUUAACGUACCGUCACAGCUAACAUCCUAACGGAUGGAGUCUGGGCGGAUGCAGUGCGUAGGAUAGGAUUGUUCCGCUCUGCAAGCAGUACCUACGUUUUCUUCAUCUAUGCAUUAACUCUCAAAUCGCUAAAAAUUGUGUUCCACUUGAGGUAAGGCUGGGCCCUUAUAGAGGUUCAUGAGAGACUUCUCAUGACUUAACAUCUGUUUAAACUUUAGUGAUAACGUACCUUUAAUAUGGAUUCCAUUUGUUUUUAAAACCUUGUAAUUACGAAAGUUUGAAUUAAAACAACUGUAUUAUUGCAAGGGUAAUUCAAGUUUACAUGGUUUUUACAUUUUCCAUGGUAUGAUUACUUUUUUUGAUUCUGUGUACUCCAAGGCAUUGGAAAAAUUUUUCUGUUAACCAAAUUUUUCAACUUCUACUAACUAUAAUUUUAUGUAAAUGAUGAAAACUUGUGCUGAUUAAUGUAUUCUAAUAUGUGAUACAGUUUACAAGUUUUAAUCAUUAUUAAAUGUCCAUAAUUUGGAAUGCUGUUAUUUAUCAGUAAAUGUAAACUAUUUGAAGCAUUUAGCCAUACACAUUAGAACUUUUUUUAAAACUUGUCUUUGUCCUAUAGUGUAAUUAUAUUAUAAACUGAUGACGGAUAUCUUCAUACUUGAUUCUUCAUGGCAUCAAGUCACUGAAAUGAAAAUAUGUGAGUCUUUAUUUACUUUUUAUAAUUAAGUUGGAAACAAAAAAAUUAUAAAAGGAAGUAUGUAAGGGGAAAAUGGUUCUUUGUUAAAUCGUGCGUUUUCAGUCUUGUCUCUGGUAUAUCAUAAUAUCAACGUAUUAUGUACUCCAUGUAAAAAUUUGCUUGAAGUAUAUAGCAUUUAGCAUGUAGUGUAUAUGCUGUAUUAGGUUAACACACUCCAAGUCUGCCAGAAACUUUAGACAGGAGCAAGAAAAUUGUUUUUUUCUUGGAGAGUAUCAAUUUUGCAAACUUCAGUUGUAAAUUCAAAGGGCUGACUUUAGUUCUUCCAUGGUAAUGGCUUGAAUAACAUCAUCUUUGGGAUAAUUUUUUACACUGGUCCAGUCUAGGGGAACCUGGAAGAUGACCGUACGUAUUUCAGCUUCCCUAGGGAGAGCAUCAUUAUCCGUGUGGGUAAUAGGUCUGCUUGAUUUAUUAUUAAAUCAUUACAGCAGUGAAGUGAUGCAGUUUUCUCUCUCUUAAGCCCCAUUUGAAAGGCUAGAGAAGGGGAUAUAUAAAAUAUAUUCAAGGUUUGUAAGAUUGUUCCUGUACAUAAUUAGAUUGCAAUAAAAGUUUAGAUACAUUAUGUAAACCCAGCCCACUAAAGGAGCAGGUUACAAGACAACUGUCACCAGCCUCAAGCAUUCCAUGAACUAUUUACUGAAGCUACAGUUGUGUUAAGUCGGUCGCAGUAUGGUCAGUGACUUAUUUCCUGGAAUCCUCCUCACAGGGAAAACCAUGGAAGCUCAUAGAUGGGAUGGUGAAAAGGGACAUCUAGUGAAUACGAGUUAAGUCACUAAAGAAUAUUUAUGUAUUUUGAGGAUUUUAGAAACCAGUUGCCUUAGAGGUUAGACUUUUGGGAAAAAAAGCUACAAAUCUUUUCCCCAGGCCCAAGGGAAGUCGCUUUAGUCUGUGACAUCUUGUUAUCCUGUUCAUGUUGACUUGACAUGUUUUCGAUAUACUGGUAACUAUAAUACCACACAGUGAAACAGAAUUUUCUGCUACUGAAAACUGCCUUUUUACAAAAAGACUGUAUUUGUAAAAUAAAAACUUUAAAGUUCAAAAGGAAAGAUAGAACUAUGUAGUAGAUCUUGGAACUUGUGUCCAUGAGCACAGUAACCCCUGAUCACAGAACGAUCAUUGUAAUCAAUCGAAAGUGAAUAAAUGUUUAUUUAUGGCAAACUUAACACUUUGGAAAGGGCUUCAUUCUGAAACUUCCUUUCUGGUACAUGUUAAUAAAUUUUACAUACUCGA